AUGCCACCCACUAUUCCUCAUUCGGACGGGGACACCUCUCCUUGUCAAGACUACUUAAACCGGGUCGGAGCACCUAGAUUCGAUCCUUUUGCGACCAUCGCUAGUGGUGCCGACGAUCAGGAGUUCGAUCACAGCGGCACAACCAAUAUUGACCACAGCAGUGCCCACACUACGACUUCUUGGUCCCUCCCUGGCAUUAGCCCGGACAGGACCUUCACCGGUCCCGACACUUCGAAUCCCCUUGUGCUACCCUUUGGCACUAUUCACGAUUAUGACGAGUGUACCCUCUCAUGUACCCCUGACUGGGCCGCGAGUGGCUGUAUUGAUCCGAGUGCCCUUGCUGAAACAACCGACAACUGGCCCAUGGACGAUGUCGCCCAUGAGAAUCCCACCCCUGCCUCCCAAUCUGUAUCUCUCACGCCGGGGAACAUCGAUGAUCAUGAGGAGGGCACCGUCUCAUGUACCCCUGACUGGGCCGCGAGUGCCUGCAUUGGUCAGAGCUCCUCUGCUGAAACAACCGACAACCGUCCCAUGGACGAUGUCGCCCAUGAGAAUCCCACCAAUGGCUUGCAACCCGUGUCUCCCUCGCAGGGGGGGCACCAUGAAACAAGCUGUAAACCAGCGAGGCACUUGUGCUUGGAGGCAAAUUGUGGAAAAUCAUUCAGUACGCGUUCUGACUUGAAACGACACGUGUCUACCGUCCAUAACAUGACACCUGGCUCGCGCGUCCCGUGCACAGAUUGCCAUAAAACGUACACUCGCAAGGACAACAUGAUGGAUCAUUACAGGAAGAAACACGGGGAUCCGAAUGAUGCGAAUGCGUCAAAAUAG